AUGGAUGACGAGACCAUAAAGCAGCGGCAGGCUCGCCGCGAGCGCAUUUCCUCGCUGUUGGGCGAGAAAAUGCUGCAGGGCUGGUGCAUGCUUGGUUCUACCUGUCCCAAAUGUGGAACGAUUGAGAUGCGGGACCGGGAAAAGAACGUCGUGUGCAUUGCGUGUGAGAUUAUCGACGCCGAACAGCCGCAAUCAGCUGCGGCGGCUGCGUCCACAAACAGCACAGCUGCGCCUCGCGCCGAAGAAGCAGCCGCGGCUGUGCCAGCAAUGGAAGCGGCUGCCCCACCGGCACCCGUGGCCCAAGCAGCCCCUACGGCACAAACAGCCCCUGCGAGCCAACUCAAUGGACACGGCAUUUUUUCGAUGCGCUCCAACUCGACCUCCCCUCAACCCAUGCCAGAGACCCCCAAUGCCCGGCCAUUCUCUCUCUCGAGCAAGCGUCCGCAUGGGUUGCUUGACUCGCCCACCACGCGCAACGCCGCGGCAAUGGACAGCAGCUUCUUUCGGCGCCUGCAUCAGGUCGAAUCCAUCAACCUUCAGGUGGAGUACUCGGUGCGCCUGGCCAUCCACAGCAUGAACACCAAGAUGCAGCAGGCCUCUACCAUGCUUGACAACGCCACAUCGGCGGCCGAAUCUCUGGAACUGAUUCACAUGAUUCGCGACACAGCCACAGUCAUCAGGGAGCUCUUUGCCUUCCAUGGCAGCAUUGUGCAGGGCAUUCCCGACUUGCAGUAAACACGCACGACGUGGCUCGCAAAGGGAUUUUUUUUUUGUGUGUUCGCGUGUGUGUGUGUCGGAGAUGAGGUGUCCUAUUGGGAAAUACAUUUGUGGUCAAUUCUCUUUCUCUUUGCGUGAACACGCUGGCCCAUCAAUAAAGUUUGAGAAAUUGUUGCUCGUGUCCUGACUUGCCACUCGAUGUGUCAAAGCGCC